UGGAUCUUGUUAUAUUUUUUUAUGCAUUGUACAGUAUCUAGUGUACAAUAUUGAUUACUCAGAUAUAAAACAAAACAAAAUUAAUACCUGAAAAAAAAAACAAAUUGGUGGUAAAAGUCCCAUCUGUGGGCUGUUCAGAUUCUUGGAUAACAAGUUCAACGUAUCACAGUUUUAAAAUUUAUAGCGUAACAAAUUAGUGUGGUUUGUGUAAUAAUUAUGUUCAUUAACGAAAUUGAAUUUUCCGAUUCAUUUGCUCCAAAAUUUGUAAUCCUCUUGACAUGAGAGGCAAUAAACGUAGGGUUAUACGGUUGAACGACUACUCUGUGGACCUUAAAAAUCCAACCAAAAUCACUAAAAUAAUAAAAACUUCCAUAAACAACGGAGUAUUAUACUGGCAACACUUUCAAGCUGUCAGUCGCCAUUUUGAAUGUCGUGAGUUACAGUGCGAGAAUUGUGCUCCCGACCUUUUUGAUAAAUAGUUAGUCCAAAUGUCAGAUAUCGGUGCAUCUUUUCUGUGAUUUGUGUAUAUCGUUAGAAUGCCAAGAAGCAGAAGAACUGUACAGUUGAGCGAAGAAGAGAAGAAAAAACGUAGGCGUGAACAAAAAAAAUGAGUAUGCGCAGAAGCCGUGCGAAAUUAGAUACAGCCGCUAUUGAAGACAGGCGUAGGAAAGAUAGGGAGAGAUACCAAAAAAAAAAGAGGAAGGACUAGUGAAAUCAAUUAAGGACUUUACCCCAAGAGAACAGAGGAAGAUUCGAAAAGUGUGGCGGGAAAAAUCUAAGAUAAGGCGUGAGAAGGCAAAAUUAACAAAACGGACGGAGGAAAUAUUAAGAGAAGAAACACCUUCAUCCAGUCCGAGUACAUCGUUUUCACGAAUAGCUGUAGGAAGGAAGGUCAGCGCACGAAAUAGACGCCUAUUAAAAGCUAAAAAUAUGCGUCUGUCAAAAAGAUUGGAUGGUCUUGAGAAAAAAUUGGCUAAAUAUAGGAUGCGUUUAUUAAGACUAAAAAGGAAGAAAGAUGAUAAGACUGAAAAUCGAAGGGAGGCAAUACGAAAGCAAAUUACAGAAUUCUUACUUGACGAUGAAAAUAGUAGAUUAACAGCUGGGAAAAAGGAAACCAUUACGCGAAGACAAGUGAAAAAGCAAAUACGACUUUUGAAUGAUUCACUCUUUAACCUUCAUAAGACGUUUCUCAACAAAACGGGAGUAAUCGUAUCAUAUGAAACUUUUCGACGAUGUCGUCCAUUUUGGGUCGUUUUACCUAAAGCGGCUUCAAGAAACACUUGUUUGUGUGCUCUUCACGCGAAUAAUGAUUUUAUUGCACAAGCUUUACAUAAAGCAAAAAUAUUGCCUUAUUCAUCAGCCACUGAUGUUGCUAAAUCACUUUGCUGCAAUAAAAUUCUUAGUGUAUCUUGUUUAGAACGAAAAUGCUUACAAUGCCGCUCAAAGGAUAUUGAUAUUGAUAGCACUGAUUUAAGUGACACAAUUAUUUACCAAAGAUGGAUUACAAAAAAUGUUACGGUGACUACUAGGGGUCAAGAAAAACAGUGUAAGAAAACAAUAAAAGAAACUGUAAGAACAACCCAACGAUUGCUAAUACAAGUUUUUCGAUCGAAUUUACCCAAAUUCAUGCAACAUUUAGCCAAUAUUAUCAACCAGUUUAAAGCUGUUCGCUUCAUAAAACAUAAUAUGUCACCCUCAGAAGGAUUACUUCAUAUCGACUUCUCAGAAAACUACGGAUGCAAAUAUGGGGAAGAAGUUCAGUCAGCACAUUUUGGCGGAUCCAAAGCUCAACUUUCCCUGCACACAUGUGUUUAUUAUUCAAGCGACUCUCACCCUCCGGAGAACCGAGUAAAAGCAACAUCAUUUUGUACUGUGUCUGAAAAUUUGAGACAUGACCCAGUCCUUAUCUGCGCUCAUCUUAAGCCCGUAAUAGAGAAAAUGAAAUCCUUGACGCCAGCCUUAUCCUUCCUGCAUAUAUUAAGUGAUGGACCAUCCACCCAAUACAGAAAUAAAACUAUGUUCUUUAUGAUCGCCAAAUAUAUAAGUAAAAUUUCUCAAGCUGACACUAUUAUUUGGCACUUUAGUGAGGCAGGCCAUGGCAAGGGGGCACCUGAUGGCGUUGGUGGGUGCAUCAAACGCGUAUGUGAUAAUGCAGUCGCAAAUGGCAAGGACAUCACAGGAAUCGACGGUUUCUUUGAAUGCCUGAAACAUAAUAUUAAAAAUAUAAAUAUUAUUCGGAUUGAUGACGAGUUUGUUGAUGAAAUUCAACAAUUAGCAGCAGCUUGUAAACUGCGACCUUUCAGAGGAACAUUUCAGAUACAUCAAAUUGCGUGGAGCAAAAUAAAACCAGAUUUACUUCAGGCUAGGAGAUUAAGUUGUAUAACUUGUCCAGCUUAUGUUGAAUGUCCGCAUUAUAAACUAGGACAGAUCAUUAUGCCAAGUGUCACAAGUUUGAGAACUCAAUCAACAAGAGCCCAUUCUGAGCAACUUAAUUAUGUACCAGAUCUUUCGAAUUCAGCUGCAUCUAGUCCUGUCCGUUACAGUUUUGACUCUACCGGUCAUGUGUCUUCUGGCCAUUCAUAUCCUCCUAGGCCAGCUUCUUCUAAUUCAGAUCCUCCUAGGCCAGCGUCUUCUAAUUCAAAUCCUCCUAGCCCAGCUUCUUCUAAUUCACAUCCUCCUAGGCCAACUCCUAGUCCCCUAACGCCUGACGCUUCGACUGUCACUGGACCUAGAACGCCCCCAACACCAGAGCCUCCAACACAUAUACCUGAACCUCUUACACCUAGGAAGAGACCUUAUUUUCGUAAUACAUUCUGCGAUGACUCUGAUUUGGCCCCAAAAAAGAUAAAAAAAAACAUUGCAACAUUGAACAUUGAUGACGACAGUGAUGAAGAUAUUUUUUGA